UCUGGCUCCGCCUGGGCAAAGUGCUGCAUGGUCCUUUCCUCCCCCCAGGAUGCGGACAGAGGGUGGAGUCCUGGAGAGGCAGGCGCCAUCAGCCCCAUUCGCCUCUCAUUGCAGAGAAGGCAGGAACAUGGCUAGACACCUGGGACCACCACCCAUCCGGCCGCCCUGGAAAGCCGAGGAGGAAGGAGGAUCCCUGGAGGCGCCAGUCUCCGGUCCCAGCUGUAUCACCACCCACCCUGCUGUGGGCUGUCACCGCCUAAGGAACCUGAGAUGACCUGGAGGACGCUGCUGCCUCUGCCCCACCUAGGUGGGAAGGGGCUCACAGGGCGUAUCCCUGAGGACACUGCGCCAUUGCUCGGUAAUGUUGUGCAGCUUCCAUUGAACUACCUGCCUAGGGAACCUGACGUGGUCAGGACCACAGCGGAGGCGUCCUACCGCCGCAGGGUCUGGAGGUCAGAUCCCUACAAGAGACUGCGCCACUGCUCUCACAUCCUGGUCAUAGAGUGAGCCCCACUAUGCGCCAUGCAUCAGGUGGCUUGGAGCCCCCUGUCUGCGGAAUGAGAGGUGGAGAAGAGAGUGCGCUGCUUCCGCCACCUGAUGAGAAGCGGUUCGGAGGGCGGAUCCCUAGAAGAGACUGCGCCACUGCUCUCACAGCCUGGUCAUAGAGUGAUCCCUGAUAUGCGCCAUGCAUCAGGCGGCUCGGAACCCCCUGUCUGGGGAAUGGGAGGUGGAGAGGAGGGUGUGCUGCCGCCGCAGUGGGAAGCGGUUCGGAGGGCGGAUCCCUACAAGAGACUGCGCCACUGGUCUCACAGCCUGGUCAUAGAGUGAUCCCUGAUAUGCGCCAUGCAUCAGUCGGCUCGGAGCCCCCUGUCUGGGGAAUGAGAGGUGGAGAGGAGGGUGCGCUGCUGCUGCCGCAGUGGGAAGCGGUUCGGAGGGCGGAUCCCUAGAAGAGACUGCGCCACUGGUCUCACAUCCUGGUCAUAGAGCUAUCCCCACUAUGCGUCGGGCAUCUGGUGGCUCGGAGCCCCCUAUCUGGGGAAUGAGAGGUGGAGAGGAGGGUGCGCUGCUGCUGCCGCAGUGGGAAGCGGUUCGGAGGGCGGAUCCCUACAAGAGACUGCGCCACUGGUCUCACAUCCUGGUCAUAGAGCUAUCCCCACUCUGCGUCGGGCAUCUGGCGGCUCGGAGCCCCGUCUGGGGAACCUGAGGCAAUGAGGAAGGUGUGCUGUCGCUGCCGAAGGGUCCGAAGGGCGGAUCCCUACAAGAGACUGCGCCAUUGGUCUCACAGCCUGGUCAUAGAGAGAUCCUCACUAAGCGCGCUGUAUCUGGUGUCUUGGAGCCCCCUGUCUGGGCAACCUGAGGCAGUGAGGAAGGUGUGCUGCCCCAGCGGUGGAAAGAGGUCCGGAGGGCGGAUCCCUAGAAGAGACUGCGCCAUUGGUCUCACAUCCUGGUCAUAGAGUGAUCCCCACUAUGUGCCCUGUAUCAGAUGACUCGGAACCCCCUGUCUGGGCAACCUGGGAUGGUGAGGAGGGUACCCGCUGCCAUCACUAUGGGAAGGCGUCCAGAGGGUGGAGCCCUGGAGAGACUGCAUCAGUGGUCUCACAUCCUGGUCAUAAAGCAAUCCCCAAUAUGCACCCUGCACCAGGCAGGUUGGAGCCCCUUGAAAUGAGAAAAGCAAAUGGAUUCAGAUGGGCGGAUCCCUGGAAGAGCCGCCAUUGGUCUCACAUCCUGGUCAUCAGUGAUCCCAGAUAGGUACCCUGCAUCCGGCCACUUGGAGCCCCCUGUCUGGGGAACCUGCAAUAGUGAGGAGGGUGUGCCACUGCUGCUGCAGUGGAAAGAGCCCCAGAGGGUGGAUCCCUAGAAGACACUGCGCCAUCGCCAUCGGUCUCCCAUCCUGGUCAGAGAGCGAUCCUUUCUGUCCCCUGCACCAAAGACCUUUGAUUGAGCUGCUGGCCUGGGAAGCCUGAGUGGGAAUGGACCUAGAAGAGACUGCGCCACUGGUCUCCCAACCCCAUCCUAGAGUGAUCCCUGCUAUGACUUGCGAGCAGGGCAGUUUUGAUUGCCCCAUCUGCCCAGAGAGACGGUUGGGUGUACUGUUGCUGUCUCUGGGGAAGCCAGUCUCAUAGCUCGGUUCUACGGCAAGCCCUUCAGGACUCUUGCUGGCCUCCAGCUGGUGACUGGAUGGCAUGGAUGGUAACCUGAAUCCCACAGUCCAGGUAAAGCUGCAGCGGAUUCCUGCGGGACCCAGUUCUGGAGGGGCUUCUAAUAUCAAGGCUUUAGCACGAGCAAUGGUGAUCGAUGGCGAUGACGAUGGCGAUGGCGAUGGCAAUGGUGAUGGUGAUGGCGAUGGAGAUGGAGAUGGAGAUGGUGAUGGUGAUGGCGAUGGCGAUGGUGAUGAUGAUGGUGAUGACAAUGGCGAUGGCGAUGGCGAUGGUGAUGGUGAUGGCGACAGAGAUGGAGAUGGAGAUGGAGAUGGUGAUGGUGAUGAUGGAAGUGAUGGCGAUGAUGAUGGCGAUGAAGAUGGUGAUGGUGAUGAUGGAGGAGAUGGCAAUGAUGAUGGCGAUGGUGAUGGCGAUGGCAAUGGCAAUGGUGAUGGUGAUGGAUAACUUUGCAGUCAUUAAAAAGUCAGGAGAACAAGUCAUCACAGCCCAGGAGCUGGCAUUCCUAAUGGGAUUUUAAAGGAGCUACAUGCUGUGGAGCGAGGUCUAAGCCCCCUGCAUGGCCCAGCAUGGCAGGAGCCAAAGGGCAGACUCAUCCAGCCCUCAGACAUGGGACAGCGAUUUCCUGACCCCUGGAACCUGGAAACACGGUGUCCGACAGCCACUUAUCGGUCUGAUCCGGAAACUGAUUGAAGAUGUCUAGCAAAACCACCAACACCAAUAGCGUGGCUCAGGCCCGGCGGACUGUCCAGCAGCUGAGAUUGGAGGCGUCCAUAGAGAGGAUUAAGGUUUCCAAGGCCUCUGCGGAUCUCAUGUCCUACUGCGAGGAGCAUGCCAGGGGCGACCCUUUGCUCAUGGGAAUCCCGACUUCAGAAAAUCCCUUCAAGGAUAAAAAAACUUGCAUCAUAUUAUAGUGGGUUGGGGAGCCCCUGGGUGCCGCCCCUCCCUGAUCUAAGCAGCUCCAUGAAGAAACGUACCUUUCGCUCACUUGGUAACCACUGCUAAAAAACGAAAAUGCUUUUAACUUGUAAAAAAAAACACAAUGAGUUUUAAAGCCUUUGUUUUUCAAGUCUCCCUCUCUUUAGAGUGUACCCUUUAUGACAUGAAUGAGAGUCAGUCGACUUAUUCUUGGUUUCCAGUUGAAAUGAUUAAAGGUGGUUAUUCUCUUGAGUUGGCUUCACGCUGAAGGAAUGCUGGUUUGGGUUGCUUUCGAUGUCAAUUCCCGGCCAGUGAUCUCUUUUUUGAUUUGAGGGAAGACCAAAGUUGCCUCCUCCUCUUUCCAGAUCCGCCCGGCCCAUGAAGCACCAGGGCCCUCGGCAAAUCCAAUCUCUAAAAUGCUUACCUUCUCAGCAUCCUUAAUCUGGUUGGUGCCUCUCCACAUACACUAUCCAAGUGACGCCUGUGUUUGGUGUGUAUAUAUGAUUUUGUAUAUAUACAUUUCAAAGUGCAUAUUUUCUAGUUCGAAAACGUCUUUCCUGGUCUAUUGCAGCCCCCCUGCACUCUAGCCCCCCCCCCAAGUUCUGCCUCUGUUUCCAGUUGUGCGCAAAGCCGGCAAAGUGUCAGGUGGCCACAACUGCGUUUGCCAACGAUUCUGGGUCCAAAGGGCGGCCCGCCCCCAGAGUCGUUCUCACGAUACCAAAUUCUAGUCAUUUUAUCCUCAUCGUCAUCUCCCUUUUGCUUCUCUGGUCCUCACGGCCUAAAUACAAACGGUGCCAAUUUAAGAGAGAGCAAAACAAAAACCCUCUUGUAAUUUGAGGUGCUAUGCUGUGAGGGCCCCCUUUGCUUUUAUGGUCUCAGCACAGUCAGGAUACAGAAUCACAAAAUCCCCGACCUGGAUCGCAACGUCGUCCACCCCGUGCCUCUUUGUAGCCUCCCUCCUGACAAGUGGCCAUCCAUCCAGGCCAGUGAAAACUAUGGACGCCUUCUCAAUUGUUUUUAACACAUACAAUAAAAUACUUAGGAUUACAAAGGAAACCAGUUAUCCAGAAUUCCAGUUAUCCAAAUAUUCCCCCAAACCAAAUUCAUGAACCCUAGUCAAGAAUCCCUGAUCUAAUCUCUCCCAUACCUGAAAAAGAACCCCGUUACUGGUCAUACACCCUCCGUUUGAAGACCUCCAGGAGGGGUGAACUCGCUGCCACCCAAGGCAACCCAUUCCACUUUGGGGGUACUCCAAGGGUUCAGAGGUCUCUCCUAACCUCAAACGUAAAUUUGCCUUUGAAGUUAGCCCUCCACAGCCAAGCAGAAAAAGUAUGAUUCGUAGGAGAUGAUGCCCUGAGCCCAUCAACAAGAAGAGGGAGCUUCCGUGAAAAGAGCCUCAUUCUCUCCCCAGAAAAGGAAAUAGGUUAGCAUGCUAGAUUUGGGGGAGUCCCUCAGCUUUCCCUCUCCUUUUCCUCCUAAAACUUCCCUUCCUUGCCUAAAUCUUACCUGUCAGAGGGGUAUGCUUCAUCCUCUUGCCUAAUCCCAGGUUGAUAUGUGGGUGAGGACAUUUGUCCAGAAGGAGCCAAAAAAGGUCCAAGAUGCUUUGGGGAUUUUCCACUUCCUAGCUCAUCAUCAUCCAGCCUACUCUGUCCAGCCUCUUCUUAGAAGCAGGAAUGGGCAGUACAAUAGAACUUAAAAAAAAAUAAAUUGCCCUCUUACUCCCCCCUCCCUAGGUUAUUCCAUAGCCACCACACCUUUUCUGGAUUUUACUGCUGAAUUUAUGGGUCCCUAAUCUGGGCGCAACCCCUGCAUCAAGGUCAAGAGGGUCCUUUUUAACAGACACAGAACUUAAACUGACCACACUAGACGUUUUCGAAUUAUAAUUAUUCCACUUCCAUUUAUUAACCUCAGUGCCCUCAUCUAGAAAAUGGGGAUGCUGACGCAAACACUGUCCCCUCACAGGGUCACUGUGGGGAGACUUGUUGGAGGCAUUCUAGAAAUUUGUGUUAUUAGAGAUAUUCAUUACAAAUCAAAGUUGCCAAAAAAUCUCUCCAAAAAGAACCAUCCAUGAGAAUUCUUUACAAAGGUUCUUGUGCUCGAUCCUGCAUGCCAUUCUUGAAGAUGCCCGCCCCUUUGGAGAUCUUCCUGUUUCUGUUUAGGGGCUUGUGAUGCUUUGGGUAGAAAACCAUUCAACUAGGGGUCCAUAGUGGCCAUCACAUAUAUUCUCCUCUUGUUUCUCGGUGGCUACUAUUUCUGAGGGGGCGAGCCCUUCUGUGGAUGGGCUUCACCCUUACUCUUCCCAACAGCUUUGUAAACUGCUGUUCCGGGCUGGCCUUUGUCCCCUCCCCAACUAGAAGGUAGACCUCAACUCCCCCAUGUUCAAAGCAGAAAUGUUGUCCUGCCCUUCCAAAACGUUAACCCGGAGACAUCGUUCUCAACGUCCCAACGGCCUCCUUACACUAGCAUCCUUUUUUCCAAUGAUUCUAUUUUUCUAAUGACCAUUUCAAAAGAUUCAUCUGUAUUUUCCAUUCUGAUUUUUAACCAUGUAUAAUCAUUAAUCAUGUAGAAUGCAGCUUGUUGGGAAAAUAUCUGUAAGGCAGUUACCUGGAAUACGCUUGACUUCAUAGGGACGCCAUUCCUUUAUUCAGUAGUGUUAAACGGACCCUUUAUACAGCCCAGCACCCUUAUUUCUAGUAAAUGCCGAGGCAUGGCCCCUCUUCCCUGGUCCAGCUGUUCCUUCCACUGGCCUGUUAGAGACCAUCAGAGGCCUUCAAAUGUAGGAAAUCCUCCCCAACCAGCAGUGAAAGCAAAAUGGCCCCAAGUCUAGACCUUGGCUUCUGGACCAAGACAGAGUGAGAAACGGAGUGUUGAUGUACCUAGAACCCAAAAGAUUAUACGAGAAAGAUAAUAUAUAUGUAUAUGUUAAACAGAAGUACAGAAGUCACUUUUAUUUAACCGGCUUGAUUCCCCAUGUAAGGUUCGGGGCUCUGGUAGCAGCUGCUCUGAUGAUUUGGGGCACAUGCCUGGGUGUAGACAUUUUUUCAGCUACCACUGAACUACCCAUCCACAUACGUGUAUAUAUAAAGUGUAUCCCUCUGGCUUGAUUCCCUCAGAAGUUCCUACAACAUGGGUUCAGUGUCUGUACUUUGAUGGUAGUUUUGCCGAUAGGCUGUUUUUCUUGGUUCCUCCCCAUCCCUCCAUUUUUCCAACACGUCUGUACAGUUUUUAUUUAAUCUCCGUGCCAUGGCCAUGUACUCAAUUGAAUUUAUUGGUCCCACAAUCUUUUACAGAAACACGUUUUGAACAGGGGAAAUAUUUUCUGUACCAGAUAACCAAUUCUAACAAAUAAUACCUUGUGUCCGAGACGCUUGCCGCUCUUUUUUCCUAUGAAUCUGGUUUUUAAGUUCCCUGGGCUAAUUAAAAUCGAAAGUGCCAUAUUCACCUUUUAGUGCAAAGGUCUGGUGUUUGCUUUCCGCCCAACUGAAACGAUUUUUCUACUUUUUUCAUCUGUAAACCACCAGAAGAAAAAUUUGUACCAAUACUUUAGUGUGUAUAAAAGUGCAAACGUUUUAACAGACUCAUAAAGACUUAGGAAAUGCAGAGGCAUCUUGAAAUCUGAGGCAGAGGCUAGAAUAACAAAUAGCGGAGGAUGUGUUAAGCUGUCUUCUCAGUUCUCUUUUAGCUGACUUUCUAGAUUUUCAGUGAAACAGGAAACGUGGCAUUAGCAAUCUGGCUCCCCCAAACUGAUUUUCCGUUUUAACACUACGUUGGAAAAGCUGCAUGGGCUUAGGAAAUGCAUUCCUUGCUGCCCCCGCCCCCCCAAAAAAUAACGAUCCGAUUGGGCAAAUCAACUUCUAAGAGAUCGAAUUAGAGUCCUCCUGAGGGAACCAAGAUGGAAACCCAGUUCCCGCUUUAUUGGCAGUGGUACGGAAAUGAGUGAAGUAAUCCUUUCUCCAAAUCACCAAAUUUCAAAGUUGGAAAUGACCCUGGGGGCAUCUAGUCCAACCAGCCCUGGAAAAAUCCUCCAGGACGACAUCCCCGAUAGCUACGUGGUCAUCUAGACAUUGCUUGAAGACCUUCCAGGAGGCAGAACCCACUGACUUGCCACACAGAUAUCCUUUUAGAUGGUAUCAUUGUUUGGAAGAUUUUCCCGACCUCAGACCUCAAUUGGCCUGUUUGCAUCCGAAAUUAUUAUUUCGAACCAAAUAAAUCUAAACUAAUCCUUCCCCAGUCUUCUCUUCUCCAACCCAAGUGUUCCCAGUUCCUUCGAUCCAUCCUCAAAAUACCCAAACUCAAAGAUAAACAUCCUGGCUGCCCAGCCCCUCCGGGGUCUCUACAAUGCUGUUUUUGGGUGCCAUCCUUCCAAAAGUUUCUUGUAAUAGAAGGAAUGUUGAGCUGGGGCUGCCCACCUUUGGGUGAUUCACUUUCCUGCUCUCACCCUUCCUUAGUUUCCUGGUCGAAGCAAUGACAGUUGAACCAGAUGACUUCCGGUCAUUCCAACUGGAAAACUCCAUUGUCCAAUGAUCCUUCCUUCCACCACCAUCUUAGUGCUGUAAGAAUUGCUGUUUCCGAUAUCUCGAUGUUGCUCCUUCUCCCAUGUGUCACGAGCUAACAGCCUUUGAAAGUGUUUGUUCUUGGACUCUUUCCCCCAAUUGGCAAACCUGCCCUUGUUACUUACUUAUGUGCUGGUGAUGGUGUUUCUUUUCCUUCUGAUUUUAUGAACUUGGUGACUUUCUCGAUGUUCUCUGUAUUGUUCAUGUAACUCCCUCCCCGUGUCCUUUGGGUGUCCCUGGCAAUCUGCCUCGGAUUUCUAGACAAUGAAGACCUAGCUGUCUUAGAACAACCUUCUUUGGCUACUUGUAUGUUAUGUGUUGUAGUUAACCUUGACACUGUGAUCAUCGUUUGAAAGACUGUAAAAGAUGGAAGCAUUUCUUUCCCAGCUCAUGUGUUCAAUAGCACGGAUACAAAUCAAAUGAAUAAAAACAUCAUGGCUUUCUAUACUGA